UCGAACAGAGAGAGCAAUGCUGGACCGUGCAUGUGUGCAUUGAAUAUGAUCAAGGACGUGCAAUUGUUUUUAGGUAGCAGUUUUAAAGGCAAGGUCGUUUUUUGCAUGGCAAUAAAUGGUGAUCACUUGCAGAGCCCAGGGAGACUUAGCAAGAGCCUACAUAUUCUGUAGCCUUAAUGAAGCUGAUCAACGUGAGAUUUUCUUGGGAUUGCAGCAGAAAUUGCACCCGCAGGCUUUCUGGAAAAGCAACGAUGGCAUCCCCCAGGAGUCGUUAUCUAAUAUUCUUUCAAUACUUUGGGACUAAAUAUUGUGGUGUGAUGGCGGCGCCACCUCGCCAGGCUGUGCUUGGAGUGCAGAAUUAUCUAGAGAAAGCGGCAGAGAAACUCCGACCCUCCACGCCAAUCAAAUUCGUAAUCUCCAGCCGGACAGACUCGGGGGUGCAUGCCCUAUGUAACGCUGCCCACAUUGAUGUAGAGAAGAAACCCGGGUGCCCUCCUUUCCUUGAAAGUGUCCUUGUCCAGUCUCUUAACUGCUACCUCAAGCCUGAGCUGAUCCGCAUCCUAGGUGCCUGUCGCGUUCCCGACACCUUCCACGCCCGCUUCUCGGCCCUGUCGAGGACCUACGUCUAUCGGGUGGCAACAGGCUGUUCCUACACAUACAAGAUGCCGGUCUUCGAACGGGACCUGUGUUGGGCAACAUGUAAAGGCCACUUGAACCACUCGGCCAUGCAGGAUGCGGCAACGUUCCUGCUGGGCACCCAUGACUUCAGUACCUUCCGCUCAGCCAACGCAGAAAUGCCCGUGAAAAGCCCAGUCAAGACCCUGAUCCGGGCAGAGGUGAGACCCUCUUCUGGCUUCCUGUUGCAUCCCAGCCAGGACAGUGACCUGAAGUUUUGGGAGAUGGAGUUCCAGGGCCCGUCAUUCCUCUACAAGCAGGUGCGGCGAAUGGUCGGCGUGCUGGUGGCCGUGGGCCAGAACCGGCUGCAGCCUCACCAUGUGAAGAGUCUCCUAGAGUCCAGGGACCUGAUGGCUUACCCCCAGAACACCAUCGCGCCAGCACACGGGCUCUUUCUCAAGGAGGUGGAGUACUGCGAAGCAGAUUUGGAGAUGGGAAGGACCGAGAGAGAAGAACCGUCUUCUUGGAUGCAUUGUGGAGCCCCAGAAGACUGACGGUGCAGUUGGGGGUGGGGGACAGUGUAGAAGUGCAUUCGUCUUUUUUGCCGCGUGGGCACGUCACUCUCCCCCCAUCACAUCUACAGACCCUUGUCGAUACAGAUGUGAGCACCUCUGUGCGAAAUGCAGAGCUGCUUGAAGGGAACGCAGCCCCCCCAAAUGACUGCAGAAUGAGAUUUGGACUCCAGCCAUAAUACGCCUG